AUGGACGAAGGCUCGGUGUCACCGACGUCGGGCACGGGCAGAACGUCGCUGUUCAGCAACUCGCUCUUCUCGUCAUCACCCUCUCCUUCCGGGCGACGUGCCUCUUCAUCAUCCUCACAUUAUGGUUCGCCCUCCUCCGAAAAGUCAACGUCCCGAGGCGCGGGCUUGUUCCAGCAGACAUCGAUGGCGCUGCAAUCCUUCGCGAUCGAGUCAGUGCUUGCUGCGUCCUCUGCACCACCGCGCCUGCCCGUAGCGCAGAACAAGGAGCCCCUCUCGCUGCCCACGACAACGAAAAACUUUCGAGGUUUCGUGCAAAAGUCCGGACCAAUGUUCUGGUUCCAGGAUGGAGUUGAGGCGACGUUGAUGUGGCAGGACACGAGCUGGACGCUCAUGUGGAUGGCCAUCUGGGCGGUGGUCUCGAUCUACCCGUGGCUCUUGCUCCUGGCGCCGAGCACAAUCCUCUCAGUGAUCCUGGUCAUGACGCAUCGCGCUCGGUACCAGGACAAUAUGACGCACAACAUCGUGCGGAUGGAAGUACCCAAGUCGCCAGCAUCCAAGUCUCGUCCUUCGGUCGAAAAAGUCCCGACGCCGUCUCCAGCAGAAGUGCUCGCCUACUCGACAACUUUCCCCACCAGCACGGGCGAGGGCGUCGUCCAGCCUCCACUCACACCCAACCCACCUCACGAAGGCACCGUCAAGUACUACGAGAACCUGCGCGACAUCCAGAACAUGAUGCGCAUGAUCAUCGAUGGUUACGACCUGCUCGCGCCCACGGUUCCUUACCUCAACUGGUCCUCGUACAGCCGCAGUCUGCACAUUUUGCAACUCUCGUUGCUGACUACAGUGCUCAUGUUCUUCGUCGCACCGUACGUGCCCUACCGUCUCGUCCUGCUCAUCGGCGGUGAAGGGGCGUUCAUCCUCACUCACCCGUGGACCAAACCCGCGAUCGAGGGACUCAUGAAGCGCGUCGACUCAAGCAGGGAAGGGCGGAAGAUCAUGCGCAUCGCCAAAGAGGGCGGCCACAAGCUGCGCGAGUGGAUCGAGCAGGAUCGAUUGGACGAUUACGUGGUGGAGCGCGGAUAUCGCAAUGUGGAGAUGUUUGAGAACGAGAGGUAUCUGCCCGCCAAACGGGCGGCGAGCUCUAGUGGAGUGGUGGGCGGAUGGAGUGGACACAACCUGCAAAUGGGAGAGAGGAGACCGUGGACUAAGGGGCCCGAUGGAUGGUCUUCUGACGAUGUGGAUGUCUUGCCCGGUUCCAAGAUCGACAUAAGCAGGCAGGUCGCGAUGCAGCUCGAGCCGGGAUGGGAGUGGGUCCCCGGAGACGAUUGGCGCAUCGACUGGGGCGGCAGCUGGUCCGCCGUCGGCGUCGAUAAUCAGGGCUACGUGUACACCGACGCGAGCUGGCAGAAGCCCGCGAGCUACCCGUAUGGCCACGGCAACGGCGUCCCCGACUAUCCGCCGAGCAUCUUUGACGUCGAGGGUCACGCGGAUGACAACGCCCAGGUGGACGAGGAUGACGCAGAGUCAGAGGCCAGGAGCACGCUGCCGCCGCUGAGCGCGGGGGUGGUGGACCAUGAUCCAAAGAUGAAGUGCGAGACGAGGCGAAGGCGAUGGCUGAGGAGGGCGGUUCGGACGGCGGCUUGA